AUGGUCGCCUCUUGCUCUUCUUCUGUUAAUCCAUCGAUUGACGAAAACAUAUCCGCUGCAAUGUCUAGCAAAUCUGAACAAUGCUAUGUAGAAAAAACGCAGCCCACUCCUCGGUUUUCCGGUUUUGUAAAGUUCUUUAAUACCCAAAAGGGAUAUGGAUUCAUUAUUCCCACCGAGGAUCUUUCCUUGUAUUAUAAGAUUGUGCCUUCGGAAAUUCAGGGCCCUAAAGGCAUCCAGGCCGGGAAUGUGACCGGACCCCGGGGUUCCCAUAGCCAAGUUCCGAUUUCCACUGGGUUUUUCCCCCCAGGAACGUUUAACAAUCCUGACGGUAUUUUACUUAAUGGAAUGCUUCAGGGUAAUAACCCCGCCUUAGGACCGAUACUCUAUCCAACGCCACCUGGGUUCUACCCGCCAGGGGUUAUUAGUAUCUCUCCUACGGUUCUUACACAGCAUUUCCAGAAAUCACAGGAUCCUUCUUCAAAUAUUGUAGAUAUCCAAAUAGAGCAGCGACAAGGUGAAAUGAGCCAAAUUGGCUCGACUUAG